GGGAAGACGAGAGGAGCGGGCUGAUUUCCUCCACUAUGGAUGGGAACAUCAACGAUCAGUUUGGGGAGGCCACUGACAGAAGGUUUGGAGGAGUGAGGGCGGAAGCUCAACGAAGGGCGGCAGCUGGGCCACCACCCCCUGCCAUGUUCAGGUUAUGGCAGGAAAAGGAAGAACCACCGAUUGGGGUAGAGGAAGUGGAAAGCGAUGAGGAAGUGACUCAAGGGCCACGAGGAGGAAGUAAGGGGGAAGAACCCAUAAUCAUUGAGUCAGAUGACGAGAAUGAGGAAGAAAGUAUGGAACCUUCGUCCGUCUUGUUUGGGAAAAUGAAGGACCUGCUGCAUAAGAUGGGGAAGUACCAACAGAAGUUGGUGGGCCUCUGUGAGGAAGUGAGGAAAUGGAAGUCUAACAUCCCCAAGGUGUUCCUCUACGACUCUGGUUCGGAGUCAGCGCCUGGGCGACCCAGAGUAAAUGUGGUAGGGUUGUGCCCACAAUCGGGAAUGAUGGGGAGACCCCUCACUCCGCAGGCCCGGCUGGCGCAGGUAGCACGAAAGAGAAGUCAAGCCAAAGCCAGCGCCAGCCAAAAGCCUCCCAGGAGGGAGCUGGAGCCAGGAAAAAGAAAGGAGGUUGUGGAAGUGGAGGAUGACGACAAUGAGGAGGAAGAGGACGAGAGGCUGCGCAGGGAGGAGGAUCAGAGAGCGGAGCAGCGGGCAAGGAAAAAGGGAGCCAGGGGAGAGGUCGAGCCGGUCAUGCGCGACGGACCGCCCAAAAGGAAGAAGUACGCGGUUCAGCUGGAGGAGGGGUUUGACGUGGAAAAAGUGAUCGACCGGCUACUAGAAGGGCACAAUGACCUCAUGACUCUGAAGGAAAUCCUAGCGUCGGCCCCGCGACUCCGCGAUGAACUGAACGAGAGAUUGUCGCGGCGCCUGGUGCCCAAUGUCCAUCUGGGUACGAUCCUGCCCAAGGAGGCAGAGUGGGCGGAGUCAGGUGCGAAGAUGGACUGGAAGUGCGUAGCCUGCGGCACGAUGAAUUUGGUGGUGAAGGGUUCCAUGUGCGCAGCAAUGGUGGACACCGGAGCAGAGAUGAACAUUAGUCGGGAAGCGGACGCGAUCAGAUUCGGGCUGGAUAUAGACCGUUCCGACUGCGGUAUUCUGCACGGAGCCAGCUGCAAGGCCGUAUUUUGUGGGACAACCUCAAAUGUACUCAUCGAGGUUGGAAAGGUGAAGGCCCGGGCUUGCUUCUUCAUCAUGCUAGACGUGGAUCACGGAAUCCUCCUGGGGAGGUCAUUCCUAAGCAGGACGGAGACCGUGAUAUUCAAUAAGCAGGACGGGAUGUUAAUCCUCCUCUUAUGCGACCCUUCCUGCGGGAAUUACGAAAUAAUGACCUGCAGGAACACAGGACCGAGGAAUAUAAGAAACCGGCCCAAUCUAGGAUCCUUCACGAUUCAAGAAUCGGAAAGUGAGCGUCGGAGGUUCCGGCAGAGCCAUGACAGGAGUCAGAGGCAGAGGGACCCUGAGCCCAAGGAGGCGAGACCAUCUCGAGGAGGACGAAAGGCCCUAGCCAAGAGAGAAGAGGAACCGGAGCCGGAGCAAGAGGCUGAGGAGCGAGAGGCAUACCCUGAGUGUGGGUUGGGACCAGUGGAGUUCCAUCAGUUCACCGAGGGUGGAUUGAGGAGGUCGCCAACACGCACGCAAGAGGAGCCGCCAGCAUCUGAGGGACCCUUGAGGGAAUUGGAGACGCAUUUGGAUAUCUCUCGGUGGAGGGCGUCGCCUCAGGGUGAGGAGCAUGGAGAGCAGGCAGAGGAGAUGCCACAGGAGGGGGUACCACGAGAGGAGGUCCAGGCAGCUAUCAUUGAGAGCCUGAGGCAGCAAACCCAGGGAAAGGUGGACAAGCCAGAGAGCAGCAGGCAGGGAGAGCAGAGGCAGCCAGGACAUGGGUUACCAGGAUUGCCAUCUGCAGCAGAGCCUCGCCAGGAGCCACCUAUGGGGAGAGUUAUCCUUGAGCCAGAGGAGGCGAGAGUCAGGAAACAGGAGGAGAGAGAGGCGUUCGAGUUCAGAGCCCCUACCGAGCUCGCGACGCUGCCAGUAGCAACGGCGGGCCCAGUCGUACCUUUGGCAGUUGAGGAGGGGCUACCACCAUCUAGCAGUGAGCCGGCUCAGGGCUCAGCAGAGGGAUCCAUGGGCGUGCUCCUUCGGGCAGUGCAUACCAUGCAGGAGGAGGCGAGUUUGUUUUCACCCGAGCAGAGGAUAGAGGACCCUCUUGAGAGAGAGAUGGGGAUUGAGGCGGAGGGUGUCAUCGAGGGAGGGCUCCAGAGGCUGGGCACGCCUGAGUAUGAGCCAGAGGAAAUUGAGCAGCAGCCCGUGGUGGUGCCAGGGGAGAUGCUCGAGAGCAGACCUCAGAGGUUGGACGUGCCUGAGUGCGUCCCAGCGACAGGGGAUUUGAGGAGCAGACUGGGAUCUUGGGCUACUAGAUCUGGGUCUGGGGGAUCGGUUCCUGGGAUAGAGCAACAGGAGGUGGUUAGUACCACAACUCCUCGAUCAGAGCAGCAGGGGUUCGUCAGUACCUUGCUUAGGUUCAGUGUGAUACCCUCUUAGACUCAGAGGACCUUUUGAUGAUUGCUACUAGUCUAGAUCUGAACUCUAGUGUUCCUACUGAGCUGGAGUCUU